UUCACUGUCCCUGAAACUAGGGUUUUCUCUGCGCGGCUACCUAUCCAUUCGCCUCCCGCGCCAACAUGGAGGAAGCUCCUGCAUCAGCUGCACCAUCAUCGACAUUCUGGAGCAACGUAGUGAAGAGCCAGCAACCUCCGAAGCCGCCUCAGGAGGAUCCUCUACAGACUGGCCGAGUUUUCGUGGAGAGCUGCAAAUCCUCUAAUGGCAUAUCAGUGGCUGUUGUUGACGCCAGUGCCAUUAUUGCCGGAGGCGAAAGGCUGCACAACUGUGCCGACAAGUUCUUCUCCGUUCCAGAAGUCAUGCAGGAGAUCCGCGACCCUGUCUCGCGCCACAGGCUCUCAUUUAUCCCCUUUACUGUCGAAACCAUGGAACCCACUCCAGAAGCCAUUAACAAAGUUAUCAAAUUUGCAAAGGCUACUGGUGAUCUUCAGACUCUAUCAGACGUUGAUCUCAAACUCAUUGCUCUAACUUAUACUUUAGAGGCUCAAAUCCAUGGAACAAAGCAUCUCAGGGACAUCCCGCCACCUGUCCAAGUGGUCAAUGUUAGGAGGUUGCCUGAAAAAGACAUGCCUGGAUGGGGUUCCAAUGUGCCGAAUUUGGAAGAGUGGGAAGCAUUAGAACAUGAAACUGAGGACAAAUCAAAUUCCAAUUCAAGAAUACUUCCAUUGCAAGACUUAAACCUGAACUUGGUUCCACAAGAUAACCAUUCUGAAGAUGGUUUGAGUCGACAGAUGAGUGAACCUCCUUCUGAAAAUCUAGAGGGUAGUGAGUAUGGCUCAAGGAAGCCUAGGAGACGCUUCCCUGAAAAAAAGGAUAUAAACAUUGAAGGCAAGAAGAUGGUUGCGGAUGGAAUUGAUGCAUCACAAGGACAGUGUGAUGAUAAUGCUGGUGAUUGGAUGCCUGCUGUGAGUAGAAGUACUCAUAGGAGAUAUCUGAGAAGAAAAGCUAGACGUGAGGCAUUGUCUCUCAGUCAAGAUCAACAAGAUUUGGAAGAAAACAUUGUUGACGGUGUUGCUAUUGAGGAUGGUAGAAGUUCAGAUCAGCUUGUUCAUCAAAGUGAUGAUGAAAAAAGUCAGAUUGAAAAUGUUGAUUUUGAGGAUAGCAAGUUGGUAGAAGAGAAGGAAGGAAGUGAAAACCUUCCAGGAAGUCUCAAGAAAAUGAGUCUGAAAGAAGGUUCAUUGGAAGUUAUUGAUGGAGAAAAUGAACUUAGUGCAUGUUCGGGUGAACCCCAGUCCAGCAGCUCCAGACCUCUGGAAACUGCUUCCAAUGGUGAUGCAACCAUGGCCACUAAACUAUGUGAACUAGAUACAAUUAACGAUGAAUCAAAUAACUUUGAGGCUAUAAGCCAGUCUAGCGAAGCCUGUGAUUCUUCAUAUGCGGAUGAUGAUAGUAGUGAGCAGAGUUGGAUGCUUAGAUCUUUGUGUGAGUCUAGCGUAGCUUGUGUGACUGGUGACUUUGCAAUGCAAAAUGUUCUUCUCCAGAUGGGUUUGCGUUUGCUAGCACCUGGAGGAACACAGAUCCGAGAGCUGCACAGAUGGAUACUCAAGUGUCAUGCUUGCUACACUGUUACGGCUGAAAUUGGGAGGAUUUUUUGUCCUAAAUGUGGCAAUGGCGGCACCUUACGCAAGGUAGCUGUUACAGUUGAUGAAAAUGGAGUUGUUUUAGCUGCUCGUCGACCAAGAAUUACCUUACGUGGCACCAAGUUUUCAUUACCUUUACCCCAAGGUGGAAGGGAUGCAGUCACAAAGAACCUCAUUCUGCGCGAAGAUCAGCUCCCUCAAAAGUUACUCUAUCCUAAAACUAAAAAGAAAGCUAACAAACAGGACGAUGAUUUCUUCACUCCAGAUAAAAUCUUCAGCCACAACACAGAUAAGAGGGCUCCUUUCCAGCCUCCUGUAAGGAAAGCAUUGGCAGUUUUUAGUGGGAAGAGAAAUCCUAAUGAUAAUCACUAUUCACGUUCUAAGCAUAAGUAGUGGACGUGUGAUUGAAUUUUUUGUCUCUGCUUGUCUGAUUUUUUUUUUUUUGUUAGUUGUCAAGAAAAUUUCUGAAGCACCCUUGAAAGUGCUCUAUUCACCCCCUCUUGUGUUGGACAAAGUAACCCUUCUGUUAUGAAGGCGUAUUUUUGGAAGCAGGACUGUUAUAUCUGAAUCCUCUAUCAUCAAUGAUGCUUUUGGUCUGCAUAA